AUGGCGGCCCCUCCAAAGACAGAAGCCCCGCCUGCGCCUGGCGCAACCUCAUCAACCCCGCCGCCGCCUCCCAUCGAGUACGCAUACAUGUACGAAAAGGACAAGAGCCCGUCCAAGCUAUUAGAUGCUUUAUUACGAUCUAUAAGUCGCCAUAUAAUAUUCGAGAUUGGAGAUAAAAAUGUCUGUCAACUUACACCAGAUAAAUUGGCCGCAUUUUACAAGGCCGUCGGUGGCGAUUACGACUCUCUCUUCGAGAUGCCCCACGAGUCCAUCUCUUAUAUAUGGCAAGUUACUGGAUGCCAACAUACUCUACAACCUACACAUGACGACUUUGAACCGCCUUCAAUACCUGCCCUCACCCCUAGAGGUUUCUCACGAUGGGAAUCUCUCGAGAUCUUGCUCGGACCCGAAGAACACGUUCCCUUCUUACAGUUCGCCGUUAAGAACUGGCAACUGAAACACCCAGAAACCGGCCAGGAGUUUCCCCCAGACUUACCCGCCACCGUGUUCCCAACACAACCAGACGUCGAGGUGGACCGCUGGCACAAGUCGUGCGCCGACAAAUUACGGAAGGAGGCGAAUGCGCGGGAGAGGGAAGCGUUCCGGGAAGCUGCACGAGAACCAACUGGUCCUGGUGAAGCCGGGGAUGGGCCGGAACCCAAGUUCUACACUCAUGUACGAGGUAGUGCAUUUGCUGGGAAUCGGGCCAGACCAGCGCCAGAACGGCCGUUGUACAAUCACGUUCCGGGUAGACACGCAGGCGGGCGACCAACUAGACCUUCGCCCGAGAGGUACGACAGCCGUGCCGACUACAGCCAACAACCUUCACCCGAUGUCGCACCACACCCGCCACACCCUCCUCGACCAUCAGAUACAUAUCUUGAUCCUAAUGCGAAGCGGCCCCCGCCAGCAAGACGUCACAGUCAGCCCAGACAUUACUCUUCAGAUUCGAGCGACGAAGACCUUGUUCCUCCUCGUGCUAGGAGACGAUCUGAAGUGAGCCCGCCUUCGCCAACGUCUCGUCGAUACUCGCCGCCUACGAACGAUCGUCCGCCUCCCGUUGCUAGUAACCCGCCACCAGCCUUCCGUCCUCAUCGCAGUGAAAUGAGAACUGACGAGUCCACCCGGCGUCGAUCAACACACAGCCCUAGUCUUCGGGAGAAGAUUACAGAGAAGGUGUCAAAUAUACUGCCUAACGGUCUCAGCAAUAAUAAUUCAGAUCGCAACAGAAACGCGGCUCGCAACCCAUCCUACAACACCGAUACUUCACGGGGGCGUCGAAGCCGCGAUCGUCUUCCUCCAUCUCGUCUCAGUCGAAGCUACUCUGACAUCUCAGUGGAGUCAUCUGAAGGAGAAUCCAGCGAUGAAGAUCCCCGCCAUAACAGAAGGGCCCGCGAAGAUCGCGACAGAGAGAGGGACCGUGAACGAGAACGAGAACGCAUCCGUGACAGAGGCCGGCAACGGGAAAUCGACCGGGAAAGAGAGGAAGAACGGCGUGAACGGUACCUACGUCGACCAGAGAUGGAGCGACGCACUAGCAGCCACGCAGAUGCUGAGCGCAGACGCGAAUACCCUGGGUGGGAUCCACGAUCUGAACGAAAGAGAUGGGAUAAGCGUGUACCACCUGAGGAGCGGGGGACAAGUCCUCUCGCAACACCAGGAAGACGGUAUGCUGAGCCGGCUUACCCUUAA